CACCCAAGCGCUUUUCCGAUUGCAGUGGCUUCUUUCAGUCGCCGAGAGCAGAAGAAAGCCGGGACUUGACGGAGCCGGAGGCCCGUAGAACCAGAUUCCUCUCGCUUCCCCAGUCGCUUCAGAGACGCCCGUUAUCCACCUUGCGCCACUUUCCCUUCCAUCUCAGCGCGAAUUUCACCGACAUGUCCUGGCAAAGCUACGUGGACAACCUGAUGGCUGAUGGCAGCUGCCAGGACGCUGCUAUUGUUGGCUACACAGACGCCAAAUACGUCUGGGCAUCGUUUGGCGGCGGCACUUUUGCCAACAUUACGCCCGAUGAAAUCGACGUGUUAAUAGGAAAGGACCGCGAAGGUUUCUUCACUUGCGGCCUGACUUUAGGCAAUAAAAAGUGCUCCGUAAUCAGAGACAGCCUCAACGUGGACACCGAUUGGACAAUGGACAUCAGGACAAAGAGCCAAGGAGGAGAGCCAACAUACAACGUUACUGUAGGCAGAGCUGGCAAAGCGUUGGUUUUUGUCAUGGGGAAGGAAGGUGUCCAUGGUGGUAACCUCAACCAGAAAGCAUUUCAGAUGGCUGACUACCUGAGGAAGUCCGGAUACUAGAGCGAGCGGCCCGUUCCCCAACUCACCCGCACCACCCCGUCGCAUUUCACACUCUCGUCCUGCUUUCUUUCUUUUUUUUUCUGCCUUCUCUCCAUCCUGUCGUCCCACCCCCACAUCGACCCCCCCUCCUUCUUUAAAAGCACCACGUGGAUAGCGAAUCAUGAUGUCAGCAGUAAUUGGUGAAGAAUCUGUACCAGCAGAAAUCUGGCCACACACGCACGCAUGCACACACACACCUGCUCGGCACACACUCCCUCCCUGACCAGCUGAAAUCUGAAGAGCACUUGAUCAGUAACUUCCAAGUCUUCCUUCAUAUUCCCACCCAGGGAGGGGAGACCGCAGACAUAUCUUCCCUCUCCUCCUCCCCCUCCCACCCUCCCCAAGUAAAAUGCAGAUUCCCCGCUCCCUGUCCCGAAGACGCGGGUCUGGGGCGUGUGUUUGUCCACGCGUGUGUGUGUGUGUGUUUGGAUGAGCUCCGUCUACCCCCAGUUUGAUGUGGUCCAGAUGCUGAUAGCCUCCCUCUCGUCAUCAUCAUCAUCAUCAUCGCCUCAGCUCCGCCGACUACACUGACCCCGCCCCCUCCCUCCUGAAGGACAUUCCACAGUAACAACGGCUCAGGCACUUAAUACUGUUUUGUUUGCCAGCUCCUGUAAUAUAUGUUUGUUUUUGUUUUUUUUCUUUAAGGCUGCCAUUUUUCGGACAGUAGCUCUCCCAGCAUUAACAUCUGGAUUGUGUCCAGUUUCUUCUUUUUUUUUUUUUAAUAGGACCAAGUGUAGUCAAGGGGUGUUCAUACAUGUGUGAAGGAAGCGACCGACCCUGGUUGCCAUGGUGAUAUGAAGUUACACUGGGGGUGGGGGGGGGGUGGGGUUAAGGGUGUCUGUUUUCUUUAUCUUUGUUUAGUAAACAAUACACGACAUUUGUACAAACCCAUGCUGUGUUGACAACUACAAAACUGUGGAAUAAAUUGCCUUCUACUCUGUCGAGCGCCAAGCCGGGCCACCGGCGCAGCGUCGCAAACUGUAACGUCCAAACCCCAAGUAGAGCAGACACUGGGAUUGGUUGGUUGGAAACGCCGGGAAACCGGCCGUAACACUAGAGAAGCUGUGUAUCCUGUGCCAUAAUGUAGAGAUGUGUCGGCGUCGCUCACUGUCCACUAGCGUUGAUUGGCACUUUCUUAGCUUGAGCUCCACUGUCAAGGCCUUGUGGGAUUUGUGUACUCAAAACGAAAAUAAACCCUGUCCUGUUUGCUGAUUUAUGUUCAUUUCUCCCUCCCCCCUUUCUCUCUUGCCACUUUUGUUUUCUGACAUCUGGGUCUCUUGAUGCGUCCGAUUUCAUAUGCAUUAAAAAAAUGCCAUAAAUUGAUUUAUCACCUUGUUUACAGACAGAUCAAAAUAAAUUUAUUCCAACCAG